AUGAGCGAUACACCUACAGAAGUCGAUAAUUUCUCAAUCCACGGAAACGCUGUCAGCGAAGUUUAUGAUAUCCCUAUGUCAUGCAUCAACCGACCUAUACCUUCGCAGUUGGAUCGUGACAAAGUGGAAGAAAUGAAGCGUGCGCUGCAGGACGAAAACCAUAACCAAGACUUGACACCGAUCGACGUUCAUCAUGUAAAAUACAAAGGGGAUGACUACUAUUUCGCUUUUGGAGGUUGUCACCGAUGGGCAGCGCAUAAAGAACUCGGUCGAGAAACCAUUCGAGGCAAGCUGAUCAACACACCCCCGGGCGUCAUCAAAACGUAUCUCGGUUCAUCAUCACCUUUCAAAGAUGCUUAA